GAGGAGAUGGAUCUCAAGGUGCUCCAGUUCCGGAACAAGAAGCUGGCCGAGCGCCUGGAGCAGCGCCAGGUGUGCGAGGACGAGCUCCGCGAGCGCAUCGAGAAGCUGGAGAAGCGCCAGGCCACCGACGACGCCACCCUGCACCUGGUCAACCGCUUCUGGGCGCAGGUGAGGGGGCACACCUGGGCACACCUGGGCACACCUGGGGGGGGGAAAGAGGAACUGGACGCCGAGGUCCAGGCCCUCCUGCGUCGCUGCGACGGCGACGGGGGGGGAGGGGCCGGGGAGGCGUGGGCGGGGCCCGAGGAGGGCGCGGCCGCCCCGCCCCCGCCCCGGCUCAGCUUCGCCCCCGAGGCCGUGGCCAGGCUGGGGGGGGCCCUGGGCCGGGCCCAGCGGGGGCUGCAGCACCUGGGGGGGCACCUGAGCGCCCGCCCGGAGCUGCCGGAGCCGGGCCGGGAGCUGCUGCGGGAGCUGCUGCGGGAGCACCGGCGGCUGCAGGAGCUGACGCUGGCGCUGCACGAGAAGCACCAGAGGGAGGCGCUGCAGCUGGCCGAGCUGCAGGACAAGGCGGGCUGGGCCGAGACCAAGGUGCUGGAGCUGGGCACCACGCUGGAGGGGCUGCAGUGGGACAGCGCCAAACUGCGCAAGCGCGAGGGGCGGCUGGACCGGCACCUGGCCGAGGCCCUGGAGCAGGUGACGCACCUGGGGCUGGCCAACUCCCGCAUGGCCGAGCUGGAGAAGCUGCAGCUGGAGCUGCAGGCGGCCGUCAGGGGCCAGGAGAGGCUCAAGGUGGCGCUGCGCUCGCUGCCCGAGGAGGCCGUGAAGGAGGCCCUGGAGUACAAGGUGCUGCAGUCGCAGUUCUCGCUGCUCUACCACGAGAGCCUGCAGGUGAAGACGCAGCUGGACGAGGCCCGGGCGCUGCUGCUGGCCACCAAGAACAGCCACCUGCGCCACAUCGAGCACAUGGAGAGCGACGAGCUGGGGGUGCAGAAGCGGCUGCGCACCGAGGUGAUCCAGCUGGAGGACACGCUGGCCCAGGUGCGCAAGGAGUACGAGAUGCUGCGCAUCGAGUUCGAGCAGAACCUGGCGGCCAACGAGCAGGCGGGCCCCAUUAACCGCGAGAUGCGGCACCUGAUCAGCUCCCUGCAGAACCACAACCACCAGCUGAAGGGCGACGUGCAGCGCUACAAGCGCAAGCUGCGCGAGGUGCAGGCCGAGAUCAACAAGGUGGGCGGGGCCUGGCCCCCGGGGGGCGUGGCCCUGGAGGAGCUGCGGGGGCGCUGGCGGGAGCUGGAGGAGCGCGAGCGCCGCGAGAACAAGAAGCCGCCGUUCAUUACCCUGAAGGAGCUGCGGGGGCGCUGGCGGGAGCUGGAGGAGCGCGAGCGCCGCGAGAACAAGAAGCCCCAUAUUGCCCAGCCCCACGGAUGGCGGCCAUCUUGCCCCCUCCGCCUGCUGAUGGUGGCCAUCUUGCCUGCCCCACUCACUGCAGCCAUAUUGCCUAACCCACUUAUGGCGGCCAUCUUGCCCGACUCACUUAUGGCAGCCAUAUUGCCUGACCCACUGAUGGAGGAGGAGGCGCUGCUGUCGGAGAUGGACGUGACGGGCCAGGCCUUCGAGGACAUGCAGGAGCAGAACCUGCGGCUGCUGCAGCAGCUGCGCGAGAAGGACGACGCCAACUUCAAGCUGAUGUCGGAGCGCAUCAAAGCCAACCAGAUCCACAAGCUGCUGCGCGAGGAGAAGGACGAGCUGGCCGAGCAGGUGCUGGCCCUCAAGGCCCAGGUGGAGGCGCAGCUGCAGGUGGUGCAGAAGCUGGAGGAGAAGGAGCGGGGGCUGCAGAGCGCCCUGGCGGCCGUGGAGAAGGAGCUGAGCCUGCGCUCGCAGGCGCUGGAGCUGCACAAGAGGAAGGCGGUGGAGGCGGCGCAGCUGGCCGAGGACCUGCGGGCGCAGGGGGAGCACGUGCAGGCGCGGCUGCGGGAGCUGCAGCUC